AUGCAGAUACCACCAUCUUCGGCACCCGCAGCACCACCACCGCCGCCACCGCCACCGCCACCACCACCGCCGCCGCCGCCGCCGUAUAGUUCUCUGUUUCCGGCUGGUGAUUCCACUUUUGUUGUUAACACUGCAGGACGUGCACCACCUGCUUAUAAUUGUGGUUUGCCUCCACCGUAUGAUGAGGCAGUCAAUUCUUCUUACCAUGAACCUACCGCUGAGGGACAACGUCCUACUGUGAGUAUAGUGAGUGGCAAUAAAACGUUUCAUGAAUUAAUGGCACUUCAAGAUCAGGUAGAACAUCUGAGACGUGAACUUGUUACUCGUGUUGCUCCGUAUAAGUCUUCUUCUGAUACCUCCCCUUCACUGAAACCGCAAUCCCAAUCUAGAGAAGAAGGAGAGAUGAAACGUCUGUUGCUCUCUCAGCAAUCAAAGAUUGAUGCGAUCAGUAAGUCACUACAACGUAUACUCGCACAUCCCACAACAUCAGGGACAACGACAUCAUCAUCUUCAAAGGGGGAAAAAACGGAAGAAAAAGAACAAAAUUUAACAUUGAAUCAAGAAAAAUCUGCUUCUAGUAAAGGCAGAAAAAAUGAAAAAACGAAUUAUCCUAGAGAUUCAUCAGUAGAGAAUUCAAAGGAUGGUGUAGUGGAUCUUGUACAACUUUUAACGACUUUUUACAAUCUUCAACCUGCAAAGUGUUGGCACUGCCGUGAGCAAUUACCUAAUUCAUUUGGUGAAGAACUUCUUGCAGAAGCUAUGGGUACAACAAGUCGUGAUUUAUUGGAACAAUACACCAAUUUAUUGGUGAAACGCCUUAAUGAAGAGUACGCCGCCUCAGGAGGAAAACGUCAUCAAACAAUAACACCUACUCUUGGUUUUAAAAAAGAUAAUGAGGUGUACAAAAAAUUAGGAAGAGUUCCUCUUCCUGUUUAUCAACAAGUACUGGAGCGAACGCAAUUUCCAUCAGAAAUUCCGGCGUAUCGAAUCGCUUUCGCUGCAUGUGAAGUUUACCAUCAUAAUCAUUUGAUGGGGAUUUUACCUUCCUCAAGGUUAACAUCUUUUGUACCACAUUCUGCUGCCGCGGUAUCAGCUACUUCAAGUUGUCAGUGUGAUGAUAAAGUUGCAGAUAUGCUUUUACGUGGUGUAAGAUUUUUGUGGCUUCCUACUCGUUUUAUGGAAGAUGAACUCAGACGAUGUGAAGGAAUGGGAUUAUCAGCGGAAGCCUCCUCUUGUGCUGUCUACAGAAGUCUUUUCUUGCGUCUUCGACGAGCGAUUGAAUUAAAAAAAUGUUUAAGGGAUGCUCCAUUAUCACAAGGAAGACAUCAUCACCUUCCUGGGGCAUGCAAUACGGAAGCUUUUCUCGGAGAAAUACGUCGCAUACGUCCAUCGUAUAGGUUCCUCAAUGCAUCAGAAAAGAAACAGUUUUUGAACGGUGAAGGUAUGGGUCUACCUACAAUACACAAAUUACAAGAUCGUUGUGAAACAAGUUUAGACUCAUAA